AUGUCUGAAAGUAUUAACGAUCAUGAAACGAAUAGUAAUUUUAAUGCCAAAGACCAAUACAAAAAAAAGGGAAACUCCGUUUUACUUACUCUAAGCUUAGCUUUUAAAUCGAUAGGCAUUAUAUUUGGUGAUAUUGGUACUUCUCCCUUAUAUGUGUUCACUGGAAUCUUUCCGAAUGCACCUAAAGACUCUCAAGACGUUUAUG